UGAGAACCCAGGAACAUCCAUGGAAUCUUGAGGACAACAGCCUCCCCCAGUUCAUAUCAGUGCAUGUCCUCUCUAUCUACAGGGCCUGUGUCUGUAGCUUAGCAUGGCAGCCCUAGAAAAGCGAGCUGACUCCUCACAUCCCUCAAGGCUGGCUCCUGCUGGUGCUUCCUCCAGGUGACUCUCAGCCAUGAAGACACUUGUUCUCCUCUCUGCCCUCGUCCUGCCAGCCUUCCUGGCCCAGGCUGAUUCUCUCCCAGAAGCAACUGAGGAGACUAAAAAUGAGGAGCAGCCAGGGGUAGGGGUCCAGGAUGUGUCCAUCUCCUUUGGGGAUCCAGAAGACUCUGCUCUUCAAGAUGGAAGUGAUGUGAGCUGCUACUGUAGAAAAAAGUCCUGCAGGCGUUCUGAACAAGUCUCUGGAUUCUGCAACAAAGGUCCAGUGCGCUACACAUUCUGCUGCCGUUCAGACCAGAGAGAAGAUCACCAUGUGCUCUGA